AUGACUAAUAUUUGGAAUAAAAAUGAAAUAAUCACUCCAAUGUCAGAGUACAAUUUGCUAUAUGUAUGAAUUAUAUUUCAUUGUAGUAAUAUAAUAAACAUGUCAAUCAAGUUUAAAAUAUCAAAGAAUAACCAAUGAAUGUAGAGAAACCAUUCCAUAAGAAAAAAUUAAAACCUUCUACAUCAAAAAAAUUACUUGAAAUCAAACAUCCUGAAAACACUGAAAAUAAAAUAUUAGUGUAGAAAAUCUUAACCAUCAAUAAUUAACCUUCAUCUUAUGCUUUAAAUGAUGAUCUACCUAUUAAACCAUCUAAUUUAGGUUAGAAAAUAUUAGAAAUGAGAAAAUUAAUUGAAGAUAAUGAAGUAUUAACUAUAAAUUAAUAUUAGGGUAUUGAAAAGAGAAUAAAGUAAACUAAUAGUGUUAUCAACUUUGAUAAAAUAAAAUAAGAAUACAAGAAAAAUAAAGUAUAUUUAAAGAAUCUUACUGCAAAUUCUCGACGCAUAUAUAAUUGCUUUGUUCCAAGAGUUUAAGUUCCAAUGGAAGUUAAAAAAAAGAAGAAAGUUAAUGAAAAAAAGUAGCAGUUAUAAGAUCUUAAACGAUUAUAAUAAUAAUAACCUGAAGAAGAAAAAGAUAAAAAACCUGUUUAAUAAGUAGAAGAAUCUAAUGUAGAUGAUGUGUAAUAAAUGAAAAGCAAAUCAAACUUAGAUCAAGAUAAAUUAAUAUAUUAACUUAAUGAAUUAAAAUUAAAAGAAGACUGUUCAGAACAAUCAGAGGAUGAUUGA